UAUAUACAAUUUAGAAGUAGCAGAUUAAUUAAGGAAUUAAAAAUGAAUUGGUCUACCAGCCUGACCAGCUGUAUGGUGUUCAGACCACUCUGACUAGCUAAGCUAAAUCAGAGGUUCUCAAACCUCUCCAUGAAGUACCCCCAGCACUGCACGUUUUGUGUGUCUCCAAAUAUCUGACACACCCACUUCAGGUCAUGCACUCUCAAUUAAUGAGCUGAUGAGUUGAAUCGGGUCUGAUCAUUUGAGGGAGACAUACAACAUGUGCAGGGCAAGAUGUAACGACAUUCAUUCAUUCGACCGCAGAUAAGAUUCAUUCAUUGCUCACCGCGCCCUCAUCUGUUCAAACAGUUUUACCCCUUCACAAAGUCAAGAAGCGCCAGUCGUAGACUAUAAAUCAGAAACAUAACUUUAAACAACAAUCUAUCCAAUCCUUGCAAAGGUGGUUAAUAACUAAUUUCCUAAAGUCUAAAUUGCAUGGCAACGCAGAACGCGUUGUUGAAUCAUAUGUAGGCAUAUAACAAUUCACAAAAUAUGUGAAGUAUGUGCAAGUUUCACAAAAAAAUUAUUAGAAUAUUUUGUAACCUCAUUAUUGGAGUUUUAUUGAAGUGCGUGUUUUGUAUUUUUAUUAUUAUUAUUAUUAUUAUUAAUGAAAUAAACAAAAAUAUUAUGAAGGCUAAAAUGCCAUUAAAGUCAAAUUCGUGAAAUGUAUUAUCUUUGUAUUAUUCUACUUUUAAAACGUAGCCAUUUGAUUGUGUCCUUGAGCAAGUGGAUACAUUUAACUGCACCAAAAUCAUAGUUAUCGGUUACUUUCUAAAGAUCUGAAACUUUUGUGGAUCUCUCCAUCUGACCACCUCCUCGACGGACAGUUAAAAAUUUCAGGAUUCAAUUAAUACACCUGGAGUGGAAGAUUCAUUGCAUAUGAAAAUGAGAGGACCGAGAAGUGCAGGCCUAUAUAAUGGGAAGAAAAUGACAGAGAGCUCAUGAGAGGAAAUCAGACUGCAAAGAUUGAAGUGAGAGAAUAAAGAAAACUGUUAAAAUGACUCAAGGAUCUAGACUAUACUUUGCAGUGAUUGUUCUGAUGUGUGCGUUUGUCUCCAUCAAUGGUGUCGGUCUGAAUGAUUUACUGGAGCGAGCCUCUCAACUUUCAAACAAACUUCACUCUCUCAGCACUUCUCUCACCAAUGACCUGGAUUCUCACUUUCCUCCUGUUGGCAGGGUAAUGAUGCCUCGUCCAUCGAUGUGCCACACUUCCUCUCUUCAGAUUCCCAAUGACAAAGACCAAGCCUUGAAAAUACCGGAGGAUGAGUUGCUGUCUUUGGCUCGGUCUCUGUUGCUGGCGUGGUCCGAUCCCCUCGCCCUUCUCUCCUCAGAGGCGUCCAGCUUGGCUCAUCCAGAACGCAACACCAUUAACAGCAAGACCAAAGAGCUGCAGGACAACAUCAACAGCCUGGGAGCGGGUCUGGAGCACGUCUUUCAAAAGAUGGAUUUAUCUUCAGACAACUUGUCCUCUCUCCCUUUUUACACCAGCAGCCUUGGCCAGGAUAAAACUUCUCGACUUGUCAAUUUCCAUUUCCUGCUGUCCUGUUUCCGCAGGGACUCCCACAAAAUUGACAGUUUUCUCAAAGUUCUCCGCUGUCGGGCGGCCAAGAAGAGACCUGAGAUGUGUUAAAGUGGAAAUGCUGUGCUCUGCUUCUUUCAGUGUGGAUGUUAAGUUAAAAUGGCAGAGCUGUGAGUGAUUUGAAAAUCAAAUGGUAAAAUAUGCUCGUUAUUGUUUGUUUCAAAGAUGCAGAUAUUUGAUUCGCUUGAAUAAAUACCUGGAAGAACAUCAUAGAUUACUCUAAUACCAAAGAUAAAAGACACCAAAAUAAAUAAAUUAAUGAAAAAAAAAAAUUUAAAAUGAAAAACAGCAAGGUUAUGCAAAAUGUCUGUAUGCAGUGAUACUGUAUACUGAAUAAAUGUGUCAUAUACUGAAAUGUUUGACUACAGUUUGAUAAGACAUUUGUAUAUUUAGUAACUAAAGCGUAUUUAUUGAGGAAACUAUUUUGGAU